AUUGUUCGAAUGGGGACAUUUCAAGCAAUUUUCAAGAUGGCGAAAAAGCGUACGCCACAAGAAACAACUACAUUUUCACUGCCGUGUAACGAAGUUUUGGAGCCGAAAGCAUGACCAUUUUUAAUGCAUUUGUGAUUGAUAUUCAUUGUUACGUAUCAAUAUCUUCCCGAGUCAAGCCAAUAGUGUUCUAAGAGAAUACAACGAUGGCGGAGAAUCUCGUUAACGGAGAUGCCGACAAUACGUUGCAAACUGCGCUGUUGACGGUCAAUGCUGCUGGCAUGUUAGAGGCCAACUUUGAUACCUCGACUGAUGUGGAAGGGGAAGACAUGGAGAAGGCUAAGCGCAAAUCCCACCAUGCUGAAAUUGAGAAGAGACGGAAAUCCAAACUCAACGAAGGCAUCAAUAAACUCAUCGAUAUUCUACCGGAUCGAGAUGCUAAAAGAAGUAAGGUCCAGAUUCUGGAGGACACGUACCAACUGGUCGUUGAGCUUAAGAAGAAAUGCAACCAGCUCAUGAUCCAGAAUGCACCAGAAUCUGAAGUUGACGAAAUCAAGCGACUUAUGGAGGAGAACGCAAAGCUGAAGAAGGAGAAAGAAGACUGGACGGAGUUCUUCAAGAGCAUGAAUAUCAACACUGACAUACGAACUCACAUGAAGGCUGUCAUGCAGUCUAAAGCAAAGAGGAAUUCCAAAUUAGGGGAAAACCCUUCUGAGCAACUCUUGGGAGGCAGUCAGAACAUUAUCAUUCAAUCCCCUACCGCUGCAGUCAUGGGCUCUCCGAACCUAGUCACCAUGCCCACUAAUCAGAUGACGAUUCCCAUGGCUGGUGGGAACAGGGUCGAUGGCAGCGUGUUACAGGCUGGCGGUAACUCCGGAGGAAUGUUGCUUGUGACAACGAGCAGGACAGGGACCGAUUCCCAGCCCACGCUGACCUUAACAAACAAUCAAAUCAGUGUAGUCGGCAAUGAAAGACCAGAAGCAGAGGGACAGUCUCCACUUCCACCAAAGCCCUUGGGCCAAGCUGUGGAGACUAAAGCAAUGUCUGCUGCAAGCCAAGAAGGACAAGCCAUCUCGGCGAUUACCUGCACACAUGAGGCUUCGAAUCAAAGCACUAUGGGGCAAGUGAGCACCACUACCGCAGAAUCAAAGAAUACAACGGCGGUCACGCAGGUUAUAAGUACCCCAAUCACCACUCCAGCCUCCCAGAACCAAGUUCUCCUGCAGUCUGGGACGGGCGGUGGUGUGCGGCUUGUCCAGCAACAGCAGCCGGUCCAGUCACAGGGCCAGACUGUCCUGAUUCAGUUACCAGGUCAGCCUGGACAGUUCAUCCCGGUCCGCAUUGCACAACAGGUCAAUCAACCACAGCAGGUCAUUCUUACUUCGCAGCAGGGUGUCAACGUGGUUGGGACUCGAGGCAACGCGAUCCAACCAAAGACACCGGUCAAGAAGAAACAGUCUGCCCAACUGAAGGUGAAGAAUCUAUGCCCCCUGCAGCCAGACUCUCGCAAGCCAAACUCCCCCAUAGCGGCAUCGCAAUCCAGUGUGCAACCCAUAGCUCCUAACACUGUCACAGUGAGACUACCCAUGAACCCUACUGCCAAUCAACAAAGUGCGGUCAUGAUGAACAGCCAGGGCCAGCUCAUCCUGCAACAGCCAUCAAAUACUGUCCUUUCAAGCGGUGUGAACAUGCAAAUGCCUAUGCAGGUGGUACCUAAGCCUCCGGUAACACAGAACAUUGUGUACAUCCAGCAGAAUGGACAGCUCAUCCCUGUGAUCUUGCAGCAAAACCAGGGUAAUGUCCAGCAGGGUGUCCAACAGCCUGGUGCCAUAAUUCAAGGUCAGACACAGCAGCAGCAGCAACCUCAGCAACAUCCUCAUCAACAACCCCAGCAGCAGCAAGCUGUGAAAAUGCAUGUGUCCCAGAGCCUCACCACUCAACCGGUUCAGUCUGCUGCCACCAUGCAAAGUGCCGGCCACCAUAUCGCCGCAUCGGUAUCUGCUGUUGCCUCCAGUGGUAUUACCAUGUCCCAGUCUGCUCCUGGUAGCACUAGUCAGGCACAUGUAUUAGCUGGUACCUCAAUGCCUGCAUCUUCCUCCUCCUCCCAGAUGGUUUCAACCUCAUUUCAGGGUAAUGACCUGAUGACCUCUCUUGCCAUUGAAACCUCAGCAACUCAGAAUGACCAAGGAAGAUUGCAAGGUAACGGUGGCUUUGCUGCAAAUGACAUACUGGCCAAAGCAACAGAGAGCAUAUUCUCCAACCUCUCCGACACAUCGCCCAUGCAGCUUGGAGAUCUGAAUGAUUCCCACCUGCAUGCAGCCAAUCAAUCGGUGAUCAAAACACUAAUGGAGUGUACAGCCACCAGGCAACUCAGCCGGGAAUUGAGAUCUAUGAUCUCCCUGACGAAAUGGAUACAUCAUCCAGCAAAAAACACAAGAAGAAAAAGAAGAAAAAAUCCAAGUCAAAAGAGAAAGAGAAAAAGAAGAAAGACAAAGACAAAGAGAAGAGUAAGAAGAUUAAUUUUCCUUUGCCCACGGUUGCUAGUUCCGAAAACAAUGCUGAUGUCGGUGACGCUCAAGAGAUGGCCACCAAAGCAUUGUUGGAGAGUCUCAUGCAAGAAACUUUGGGUACAGGAGGCAUGGACAACAGUAGCAGUGCAGAGAAUGUGAUGAAAAUUCCAGCAAGCACGUCGUUGCAGAGUGAUAUCCCGGUGUCAUCAAAUGGAAGUGUUCAAAUGUCCAGUUUUUCGGCAGAAGCCUUAUUGAACUCAGGUUCUAGAGACAAUUUAGUAGGUAGUCAGAUGGACGCUACGCAAGCAUCUUCUGUAUCUAUUUCUUCAUCAGAAACAAAUGGGCAAACAAUCUUCAAUUCAUUCAACCCUCUGAAUUUCGGAGCCGACAUUCUAAGCAAUUCAAUGAGCGUGAGUGGUCUUCCGACGUACAUCGAUGAUGAGGAAGACAUGGUUUCUGGAAACAACUCUGCUGAAGGCCCACCAUGCACCUCAACAGCCAGUGUGGAUAUCCCAACCACAUUAUCCGUUGUAACAUCAAGCACUUGUACUCAGAACCAGCCAAGUAAUUCAUUGUCGCUCGCAUUUUCUCAGAGCACAGAGAGGAUGAUUCCGCCCGAGCAAAAGACACCAGAUUCAUCCAAAGUAGCGACGACGCCUACUUCUGAUGGCUUCCACAAUUUCAUGUCGCCGACCAGCUUCCCAUCAAUUAGUAGCCUUCUAGAGCAAACUACCAAUGCAGAGAGAGAGGCUUCCAUUUCGUCACUUCCACCGAGCAGCCAAAAAGAUGAUUCUCCUACCAGUGGAUUCACAGGAACAUCGGGGGGACCUUUCCAGCAUAGCUGGAUCUCACAUCACUCUAAAGCUUCGGAGUUGGCACGGGGAAUGCAGCCAGCGAAAUCCCAGUCCCCAGUCAGCACAUCAACCCUAAUGAGUACGACAAGCACAACGCUAGCUACUUCUCCAAGCAUGGCUGUGAGUACAAGCCCAUUAGUAAAUAUCUCACACCCUAGCACGUCAGUGCUGGGUACACAUACGGGUAAUUCAAGUAAGUCUUCACCACCGCUGAACCUGUUGUCGCAGCCAUGGUUGAAUGCAUCUACAGCAGAUAACCUGCCAGAUGCAGCAAGCCAACAGGACUUGGGAAGCGCCAACCUGCGUCAACAGCAGCAAUUAGCGGACCUUCUUCAAGGACUCUCUGGGCCGAAGGUCUCUACAUCGUCACAGUCUAAUACAGAGGUUUCACCUGUUCUUAGCUCUCUUCCCAAAUCCCAGCCCUCUUUGGAAUCAUUGUUUGGUUUGCCUCCAUUUGGUGAAACCAGACAAGUCUCCCAGACAGCAUCAAACGGGGACCCAUUCCAAAGUAUUUCAAGCAUCAUUGAUUCAAACAAGGCCAGAGCCACUCCAAUAUCAGGGAUAACUUCCUAGGACUUCCUCCGUAUUCCAUUCAAUCAUCCAGCAGUUCUUCCGUCCCAGUGAUGGAGCAGAAUUCAGUUUUCCAUGAACCUCCUUUAGACAAACCAAGGAAACUUCUUCUAGUAGUUCAUCAAAGCCAAGUAAUGCACCGCCAAGCUAUUCAUUGAUGAAUCGAGUGACGGCCGUAGUUGAUAAAUACAAAGAAAGGAAAGCCCCUACACCUGCCCACAUUGUCGCCCAGAAUGUACCUAAAGUGCCUGACACAAAUGAUGUAGAGAGCAAUCCAACCAAUGAACAAGUGUUUGAGAAUGUAGCCCAGCAACAAAACAGGCCUGUUGCUGCAGUUGGACCUGUUUCUAGCAGUAACCAGAGUCGCUACCUUCAUCCUAAAAGCAGGGCAUUGGCAUCUGCUGCCAUGCAAGAAUCGCCUCCUGUGCAAGCGAAUAACAACAUCUUUGGUGUACAAACAGUUCCCCCAGCUUCUCAAGUGAGGCAAAGGAACAAUGCCAAUGCGAAAAAUGCCAGUAAAAAACAAUCUCAGUUACCAGUGAAGAAAUUUUCAUCAGCAACUCUUCACAGAACACUCACUGCUAAUAUUGCAGAAGAAGGUGGCUUAGAAAAAGACCAGGUUGAAGAACCUGUUGCCCAGGUGCAGCCAGAGCCGGCACAGGAAGCACCCCAGCAAUUGCCAUUUCGCGUAAUUCAGGAACAACAACAACAACAACAACAACAACACUUACAACAGACUGCUGUGCAGGUUGCACCCCCUGAGCUACCUGCCCCACAGCCAUCUGCUAAGUCAAAGAGUAGCAAGGGAUCAAAGAAAAGACA